AUAUACUCAAAGCUGCUAGCCAAUGCAGUCACAGGUCAUAAAACAUGAAUAUACCAUGAUGUGUAAUAAACCAGGUAGCCACAGGUAUCCGAGUUAUGUUUAUUCCCGAACGAAGGUUAUGUUAUUAACAAUGUUUUGUACUUCCAUGAGUUAAAGUCGUCGUUAAAUGUUAAUGUACGUAAAAUGAAGUAUGGAUUAAAAACUGCCAAGUAAUUAUACUGACAAAGUUCUACUCGAUAAAGAAAUAUGAAGUUAGUGAAGCCAAAUUGGGUUACACACGAUGGUUACCCAAUAUUUUCCGUGGAUAUACAUCCAGAUGGAAAGAGAUUUGCGACCGGUGGUCAAGGCGGAGAUUCUGGCAGAGUUGUUAUAUGGAAUAUGGAACCAGUAAUUAAUGAAAUUGCAGAACUAGAUGAAAAUAUUCCAAAAAUGUUGUGCCAAUUAGAUAAUCAUCUUGCUUGUGUCAAUUGUGUCAGAUGGAGUAAUAACGGGUUAUUAGCAUCUGGUGGUGUAGAUAAACUAAUUAUGAUUUGGAGAUUGUCUGGUGGAUCAGGCGGUAGCUCCGUAUUUGGUGGAAAAUCUAGUGUUGAGACAUGGCGCUGUAUAGCUACGUUACGUUCACAUGAGGCUGAUGUACUUGAUCUUGCAUGGGCACCGCAUAGCCCAUGGUUAGCUUCUGCAUCAGUAGACAAUAGCGUGAUUGUAUGGGAUGCUUCAAAAUUUCCAGCUAUUGUAGCUGUAUUAAAGGGGCAUACAGGAUUUGUAAAAGGAAUUACAUGGGACCCGGUAGGAAAAUAUCUAGCUUCUCAAUCUGAUGAUAAAACGCUACGUGUAUGGCGCACUACAGAUUGGACAGAAGCAGCAUUAAUAUCAGAACCAUUUGACGAAUGUGGAGGAACCACUCAUGUUUUAAGAUUAUCUUGGAGCCCGGAUGGUCAAUAUUUAGUGUCGGCUCAUGCAAUGAACGGCGGAGGUCCAACCGCGCAAAUAAUCGAGAGAGAUGGAUGGACCCAAGACAAAGAUUUUGUUGGACAUCGAAAAGCAGUUACAUGCGUGAGAUUUAAUGGGAAUAUUUUACAAAAAAAGCAACCAGGUUCCUCAAAGCAAUAUUGCUGUGUUGCUAUAGGCUCUCGCGAUCGUUCACUCUCUGUAUGGUUAACAUCGUUAAAAAGGCCUCUGGUAGUAAUACACGAAUUAUUUACACAUUCUGUCUUAGAUGCUAGUUGGUCUCCGUGUGGUCUGCGAUUGGCAGCUUGUUCUUGGGAUGGAUCUGUUGUAAUUAUUGAAUUUACACAACAAGAAUUGGGUCAACCGCUGGACCCCGCUGAACAAAGUAGUCUUCAUGAACGUUUGUAUGGUAAACCUCUAGUUCAAGGUGGUUGUAAUGUAAUGGAAGCACCUGAACUUCUUAAUUUAAAAUCGUCAACACCUUCGACUCAAACAACUCAAACGCCAAAUAUAAAUUCAGUAUAUCCACCUACUUCAACUACUCCCGCUAAAGGUCCUAUUAAUAAACAAAUUGAAACGAGGACAUCGGAUGGCAAAAGGCGGAUAACACCAAUGUUUAUUCCACCUCCGACGGACGCAAUGGAUUCGCCGAGUGGUAGAUUAGGAACGCCAACAUUUACAAGUCAAGUUAAAAGUUCAAUUGUUAUAGAAAAACGAAAUGAUGUUGUAGCGCCUAACGUUACCACCUCUGUAAAUUUAACUAAUAUGAAUAUAUCACCAUCCACACUUACUCUGAAGCGUCGUGAACAAGCUACACCAAAACCACAUCACAGUUCGCUUAAUAAGAAACCGAAAAUUACAUCCGAAAGGAAUACUAAUCAAAUAUUACUUCCCCCGUUAAAACCGUCCAGUUCAUUGUCUCAACAGGCUGGUCACUAUGCGGUAACCGUGACCAACAGCCAAGGUUUAGCUCAUUUACAAGUAUUUAAGGGUACCGAUUCGGAACCAACUUGGGAUCUGUAUUUGGGAUACAGCGCGGUAGCUUUAGCAGCAUCACCAGCAGUUAUAGCAGUUGGUUUGGAAGAUGGAAGCCUUCAUACGUUUCAUCCUGCGAAAGGAUGUCGUCCAGCGCCUCCUUUAGCACCACCUGCACCACUUGCAAAAGUUCAUGCAGUUGGAAAUGCAGUAAUGGUUAUUUCAAGUUGUGGGGCUGUACGUGUUUGGGAAAUAGGAUAUUCUUGUAGAAUGAUAGUUUCCACUUCCGCUGCGCAUUUAGCAGUACCGGGCAUCUCUUUGUUGUCUUGCACUUUAUACAAUGGAAUGCCACACUUGGCUUUUACUAAUGCCAGAGCAUACGUAUACCAUAAAGAAAUGGGUACAUGGCUAUUAAUUGGUGAUAGUCAAGAUCCCGUAUGGCGAUGGGCGUCAUUCAACGCAGCAAGUACAUCUGGAAGUAGAGUUCCUAGAGGUCCACUCUCUUCUUUACAAGAGGGAUUACUCAGAACAGCUGGAAAUACUUUACCGAAUCCGAGAUUACCACACAGCGCUCCAAGUGUAGUAUCUUACUUGGAACAACAAUUACUCGCUUCUAAAGCGCUUGGAAGUUCUCAAGAAUAUAUACAUUGGCUCAUAGCCUUGGUAUCAUUCCUAUUAACUCAAGAUGGAUUAGAGAAACGUUUGAGGUUAAUCUUAGACGAGCUUUUGGGACCAAGUCACACAUCAGCUUCUAAAAGUAUAUGGGAUCCUUUAAUACUGGGGAUUAAAAAGCAUAAACUUUUAGAAGAUGUUUUGUCCAUUGUCGGUGGACACCUUCGUUGGCAAAGAUUGUACCUUGAGUAUGCAGAACAAUUAACAACAUUGAAGAAUCAAACUAUUUAAAAGAGAACGAUCAAAAUAUAGAUCUAUAAUAUAUAUAUUUAUAUAUAAAUAUAUAUAAAUAUAUAUAUAUAGAUCUAAUUAUAUAUUAGCAUUGUAAUUAUAUAUUAUAAUUCUAAAAUAAUGUCGAUAAAUUUUAUACCACAACUAACAAAAUAAUUUUUUGAAUUUUUCACAUCCAUAAAACUUUUUUUUUUUUUUUUACGUAAUCUUAAUCUAAUAAAAAGCUUGUACAGUUCUUUUU